UUGAACACAUAAAUAUAUUAUAAAAACGUUACUUGAAAUUAGUCAGCUAAGACCGCGACAGUCUAACCACAGGUUUAAAUCGAGAUGGACAUCAAGGUCCUGAAACGGCAGAUGAGGUCCAAUUGCCACUAUUUACCGAAAUUGGUUAUUACAUGCAUGGGCCUCAGCGCUAACGAAACCAACAGUAAACUUUACAAACUUUACGCUUGGAUAAUACAGUUUUUGGUUGCGUUAUAUCCGAUGACCUGUGCGCAUUUGAUGUUUUCUAAUAUGAACAAUUACAACAUCGUUAUCGCUGCAAUUUUUAACGUCGUCGGUGGAAUUGCAAGUGUCUUUAAAACGUUUGUGAUUAAAAAGAAUAGGAGAGGUUUGAAGAAAAUUUUUGAUGAUAUAGAAAUGCUUCAAGUUCAAAAAAACAUAAAAGGUUGGGGGCAAGUAGAGUGUUACAAAAUGAAUAAAAUGAUGCUGGCAGUUAUUAUAAUAUUUUACAGCUUCUUGUUUGCUCUGUAUAUUGGCACAAUGCUAGCAAGAAUAAUUGUGAAAGAUCCGAACAAGUGGAUUAUGCCCAUUAUCGAAUUCUCGCUGUUCGACACGACUUAUAGUCCAAAUUUCGAAAUCGCUUGGUUCUAUCACACCGUUGCUACGCUGGGAUGUUCAUCCAUAUACUGCUUUGCAGACUUUCUGAUCGCUGGAUUGAUCAUAGAUCUGACAACUCAGUACACUGUUUUAACGGAAACGAUUAAGAUUCAGUUUAAAAGUACAUGCUCAGAAAAGAAUAAGGAACCAUCUUACGAAGACCUUAAAGCUUUCAUCGGAAGUGUAGUCUCCCACCAUACAUCCCUUAUUCAACUAACCACCGAAGUCAACUCCGCUUGUGCUGAUCUUCUUCUCAUUACUGUAAUGGCGAGCCUGGUUACUGUGAGUUCCGCCAUGUACUACGCAACUGUGGUUCCCAUGCAAAGCACAGCCGCGGUAUUGUCAAUCUUUGAAAUGCUAGCAGUUAUUACCAGCAUGUUUGUGCUCUCGUAUUUCGGUACGCAAUUAUCUACGGCGAGCCAAAACGUAGCGAACGCGUGCUACGAGUUGGACUUUAUCGGUUUGGAUGUCAGAUUUCAAAAAAGUUUGUUAAUGAUUAUUAUGCGUUGUCAAAGACCGGCGUGGUUGUCAGUCGGUGGUUUCACCAAUCUUUCUAUAGCGGUGUUUACAUGGAUGAUGAGAAGCACGUACUCUUACUUCAUGAUACUACGCAAGAAUCAGCAAGUGAAGGACGGUACCAUGCAAUCAACGUAAUUUGACCAUUAUUCACACGAUAAUAAUGUAGCACACAACGCCUUAAGGGAUUUGCACUAGCAACAAAAUUGAAAUGUAGCUAUUGUGAAGUAAAAUAAAGUUUGUUACUGUGAAUCAUUCGCAAGGAAAUA